AUGGAGUGUAGUAGUUUAUCACACGUAACAAAUCCGAUGUUUUCGUAUUCCAAUAAUUUAGGGGGCUGUUCGAAUCAGAUGAUAGCGAAUUCGUAUGAUUGUGUAAAGAUUGAGCCCAGUUUCCCAGAAGAAAUGGGACGAACGCCGAUGAAAGAAAUCAAUAAUAUAGAAUCAAGCAUGCGAGUUGAGAAUGCCGUUCAAAAUUAUGAGCACAGUAUUCCUUCCCCAUACACUAAUCCAUCAUAUUCGGAUAAUUUUUCGAACUGCGCAAUCAAGAACGAUUAUCCCACUUGUCAAUUACCUGGGUAUACUUACUAUUCUCAGAGUGACAUGAUAAACUAUUCAUUCAUCCCACCUCAUAAUUAUUCAUAUGAUCAUAACUAUUCACCUGCACAUUCGAAUAAUACUCAUCAUUCGUUCAGUUGUCAUCAAACUUAUAAUUGUUAUUCAUCGUAUUCACCUAUCCGAAACCAAAGUCGAGUUUUCCCCAGUAAAGUUGAACCUCCGGAUAGUGAUACUGAAAACAGUUGCUUUUCGAUCAAAGAUGAACAGAUGAAGAAAAAGUAUGCGUGCACAUUUCCUGGUUGUGAGAAAAGAUAUUUAAAGUCAAGCCAUCUAAAAGCUCACUAUCGAAUUCAUACUGGUGAACGUCCAUUAGUUUGUGUAUUUCCUUAUCCACGUAAUAUAACUGGUAAAAUUCCGAUUAAUUCAUUGACUAUACCAAUAUGUGGGAAAACAUUUGCACGUUCAGAUGAAUUAACGAGACAUUUAAGAAAACAUUUAAAUUUACGACCAUUCAAGUGCAAUUUAUGCUCAAAAUCAUUUAGUAGAUCUGAUCAUUGUAAAACACAUCAACGUACUCAUUUACAUGGUCUCGAUAAAACAACGACUCCAUAUUCCAAUAACCAUACUAAUAAUGAAAUAAAUAACGAUUUUAUUCAUUCCUCAACACAUUUUAUAACAUCAGCAGAAGUGGGUGUGAAUCCUUUCAUUAAUUCUUUACCACCAACAUCAUUGUCAUCAUCAUCGUCACAUCUGUCAUUUCCGAUGAAUACAGAAUAUUCACAAUCAUUAAGAUUAGAUUCUUUGCCUUUAACAUCCUCUUCUAUAAAUCACAUUCCUCAAUAUGAACACUACAAUAAUUAA